AUGAACAACACCAAGGCCCCUCUGGGCCCCGAUACACCUCUUUUCGGCAGUCGCAUCCCGCCCGGCACUUCGACUCAGUCUCCCAACACUUCGAUUUCGCCUUCGACGCUCUUCGACACCUUCGACAUCACCCGCUCGCAAGCGUGUGAGGCUGCUAGCCGCAGCGCCGCUGAGAACCUCGACAGCGCCUCUAGAACGCAAUCGACUCCCUCUCCAACAAUUCCCGGUGACUUCGACCGCGACGAGGAAGACGAGAUAGACCAAGAACUCCAGGACGACUUCGACGAAGAACCAAUCCCUUCGACCGCCGAAGAACGCACUUCUUCCCCCGAGCUUCUAGGCCUCACUACUUCCGACUAUGACACUUCGACUCCUGAACUUUUCAAACGAUCCGGUUCUUCGCCCGAACCCGAGGAUCCCAUCCCAUCUACUUCGAAUCUCGAACUCCCGACUCCGUCUUCUUGUCGUGCCCACGCUCAGCUGCCCAUCGCAUCCUCUUUGCGACUUUCAGUCAUACCUACAUCCGACCUGGCACCUCCGCCACCUUUAGCACCUUCGAACGCAGCUUCGAACUCCAACUCCGCACCGCCCACACCUACGAUUCCUUCAACUACUACCGCGUCCUCUUCGACCCCAGCUCCUACUAACACUACGAACAUGAGUCAGAACACAAACACACCAUUGAUGCCCCCGCGCGGUCAUUCGACGGCACCGAGCUUCGACCCGUCGGAAGUCCGUUCGCUUCGGCGUUACUUCCAGGACCUCGAAGCAUUGUUCACCCGGUGUCAGAUUACUGACGAAGCAGCCAAGAAACAGUGGGCUGUUUGGUACCCUUCGAUCGAUGUCGCCGACUUGUGGGAAACCAUCGAGUCCUUCAUCGACGUAGCCAAGAGCUACAACGAUUGA